CACAAAACAAAAAAGAUAAAAGAAAUAUUUUUUUCGUCGCCAUUUUUGCGGCGAAGUCGUGGUGAGUGUUUAGCGACAAAUUAAUCGUCGUUUUCGACGAGGGGAGUUUCCUGCUCCCAAAAGUUUUCUAUUUAUUUGUUAAACAAAUUUUUGUCCAGCCAAAUUUGAGGAAUACUGUUUUAUACGGUUAUUUCUUGUUUCUUGAUUUAUAAUCAUGGCUUUUUAAAAUGUCUGCCUCGAAAUUGCGUGUGGCCACUCCUUGUGGAGGUCCAAACUCCAAUAAAUUUUGGCUUUCCGGAGCUGGAGGACGUAGAAAUGGAGAAAAAGGGAAAUCGAACUUCACCAGCAACGAGGAAUACUGCAACUGAUUCCAAAAAAGAUGGUGUCAGUAGUAAACAGUGGCCUCGCGGCAGUCGCCGCCGCGAAUCAACUGUCAGCAGUCUCUCGUCCAAAAACGAGCCUUCCCGGAAGCCCCAACCGCAACGCGUCAAAACCCUGGACAAGCGACCCAAGCCGCGCGGCUCCUACUACGCCGGACCGGUGGCUCGAAAUGAGACGCCCUGGCUAGAAGACCAGCAGGCCGAAUUGGGUUCGGUUUUUCUACCGGGCAGCAAAAAGCAGAGCCUGAAUCAUUUGUUGAACUUUUCUUAUACGCCCAGAGAUGGUUAUCCGUCUGGCAGGACGAGCAGGGAUGGGAAAAGCGGCAGGAUGCUUUGUACUAGGAAGCACAAGUACAACAAGGAGCAUUUUUUGCAAGCAAAUUGUCAGUUCAUUGUCAACGAGUCCGGCGAUUAUAAACCAUAUCUAAACAACCCAGAUGCUUUAGUCGACUGGAGUCUUAUUGAACAAGUUACAGUCCAGGUGUCCGAAUAUCCUUCAUGUCCGAUCUGCCUCUAUCCACCGGUGGCAGCUAAAAUGACGCGGUGCGGCCAUAUUUACUGUUGGUCCUGUGUUCUGCAUUAUUUGUCGCUUUCUGAUAAACCAUCAAGGAAAUGCCCAAUAUGCUAUGAACCACUUGAAAAACAGGACCUCAAAAGCGUUGUGGCCAUACCCCAUGCCACCUUCAACGUGAACGAGACCAUCACGUUCAAGUUGAUGAAGCGGCCGAGAGGCGGUUCGGUCGCCUAUCCCGACGACUACGUCAUCAAAGGCGGCGACGACGUGCUGUUCCACGUGUCCGAAAGGGACGCACGAGACGUCCACUCGAAGCUGUUGUUGGCCAACGACGCUGACGUGUUGGCGAUCGUGGCGAGGGAGCGGCGCGAGCUGGAGGUUCUUGCCGACGAAGACGGUGGUUCGCCCGAAAGCUGUUUCAUCGAACAAGCCGAAUUGUUGCUGAAAGAACGCGAGGACGCUGUCUUGGACAGCAUAUCUACUAACAUUUCUCGCUCGAACGGCAAUAGUACUCCGAUCGUCGAAGCUCUGGAUAAUCUGGAGAUUCUCGAUGAUGCAGCUGCUGGUGUUGACGUCGACGAGUCGGACGUUGCCAGUCCACUGUCCAAAUGUCAUUACUUUUAUCAAGCCGCUGACGGCCAACACAUCUACUUGCACGCCAUCAACGCCAGGAUGCUCGAGCACACGUACGGCUCCUUGGAGCACGGCCCCAAAACGCUGACGGGCGCCAUCCUGGAGAAGGAGGGCGGCUCGAUGACGGAGGAGUUGCGCAAGAGGCUCCGCUACUUGCGCCAUCUGCCGUUGACCUGUCAGUUCGAGGUGGCCGAGAUCCAGCUGAAGAGUCCGGUGGUCGAUAAGGACACUCUGGAUUACUUCCAAGACCAACUGGACAUACGCAGAAAGCGGCGCCAGCACAGAGCCAAGGAGGAAAAACGGCGCGAAAAGCGGAUCGAGAUCGAGGAGAACAAGCGCAUCGGCAAGUACCCGGUGCCGAACCUGCGGCUGGACUCGGACGUGCAAUUCCCGGAGUUUGCGGUCGAGCCAAGGUUCAGGACGGAAUCGGAGAGCACGUUGCCCAGCGAGAGGAGCGGCUCGCCGGACUGCGGCGUGGGUUCUGAGGGCGGCUGUGUCGGGCCUUCUUUCGCCACGAUGUUGGCGAAAGAAAAGAAGCAACCCCCGUCGUGGCCGAUAUUGAAAAGUAGCGGCCCGGAACCGUUGAAACUGAUCAGCGUGACCGGUGCCAAAAUGAAGGCGGGCGCAGGCGCACUUUAUCGCCCUGCGAGCGACAGCGACCCGGAACCGGAAGGGUACGAACCGGUGCCGUCGUUCAACGCCAGCUUCGGCGAUGCCAUCGCGCAGGCGCUCCAGCAGGCCGAGAAAACUGAGGAGGAGGAAGGUAACCAUACAGCGGGGAAGAAGAAGAAAAAAUCUAAACAAAAGGUACUUUUCACAACCAAUAUGGCGUAUUCUGGGAAUUGAGUUUCUUUUAUUAUUAUUUCUUCAUUGAAAUAGAAAAAUUAUAGCAAGGUAGUCAAUACUUUUGAUUAAAAAUCUGUUUUAAUGUGAUGAUUCAUUUCUAGUUUUAGCUGUCAACUUUGGUUUAAAAAAAAUAACAAAGAUUGUUGAUAUAAUUUUAUUUGGUUCAUUAUAUUAUUUGAAAUAAUAAAAGUGAAUGGAAGUGUUGUCUUGUGUUUGUUAAUAACCUUUAAUCAUGAGAGUAUACACACUAAAUUGCUGAAAGGACGAUUCUGGAAGAUAUCUUCAGUUUUUUUUAUAAUAUCGCUUGGCAAUUGCUGGAGUUUUGUCGGUGGUGUAAGUCUGAAAAUAAUCAAAAUAAGUCGAAAUAUUGGGACUGUAUGCCACAGGACUUACAAUAAUGCAUUCAUCAUCUUUGAAAUCGUAUUCACGUGUUGAUUUGACUUCGCCAGGUCCAACUGAUUUGGUUAUCAUUUUGUUGUCACCCUCCAAUGUAGUGAUGUUCUGAAACAAAAGCUGUUUGUGUAUUUCAAGGGCAAUGUGAUAGAAUGU